GAAGACAAGUAGAGGAAGAUGUUUCCCUCGUUUCCUACCAUGACUGUACUUGUCCCGCUGUUGUCUUUAGCUGGCCUCUUCUAUUCAGCCAGUGUAGAUGAAAACUUCCCCCAGGGCUGCACAAGUACAACAAGCAUAUGUUUCUACAGCCUGCUGCUUCCAAUUACAAUACCAGUUUAUGUAUUUUUCCAUCUUUGGACGUGGAUGGGCCUUAAACUUUUCCGCCACAACUAGAUUGUGCUUAACUCUAAGAAGCCUCUUGAAAUAAAGAAUGGAGUGAAGCUUUCUGAAUAUUCUGACCCUUACAGUACACCUGAAAUGAAACAGAGGCUAACUGUCUUCAGAUGCAAGUACAUCCAAGCAAAUUGAAAAGUCCCUUGCCCUUUAGGGCAUGCCUACAGUACCAAAGUAGCAUCAAAAGCCACAGGAAUUUCAAACAAGA